AUGAAAAAGGAAACAAAGCGGUUGAUAGUACGUGGAACGUUUUUCGUGAUUUAUUUAGCAUUAGGAAUGGUUGUUUUUAAGGUACUCGAAUCACAUAACGAACAACUUGGUAUAUCAAAGGCGAAGAAAGCAAUCAAUCGAAUGUUCGUUAAGUACAAUAUAAGCGACGAUGAAAUGAGGGAAUUCGUAAACACAAUAAUAGAAGCAGAGAGCUGGGGUUAUACGAAUGGAUGGCUAGAAAAAUGGAGCUUUACGGGUUCGUUGUUUUUCUCCGGAACUGUGAUAACAACAAUAGGUAAGGUUUUUGUUUUGAAUUUAUUUAGUUAAAAAAAAGCAUGUAUUCUUCGUUCAGGGUCACAAGUCGCAUGUAACACUCAUGAACACUGUGUUCAUGCCAAACGUACAUAAAACGAGGAAAAAUCAUUAUUUCGGGGUUUGUCUAAAAACUGUUUGGUUUGAACACAGAAUUAAAAUAUAGUAAGUAAUAAAAUAAUUUUUCAUGCCACCAGGCUAAAGAGCAUAUUUUAAAAAAAACGCUUACGUUCAAAUCAGUCUUAAAUCAUCGUUUUUCUUUAAACCUCACCUUUUUUAACUUUAAAGAACAAAGAUGUUCAGUUGCUAAAAUUGACAGUUAAACGAAGGUAACACAUGGUACCCUUAAUUAAUAGAAAAAACGAGCUGGAAAUUGACAAUGUGUUCGGUUUGAGUACCAAACAUCUGAAGGAAAAAAUCUAAGGAGUAUAUUGGCACAACGUCGUGGUCGUACAGAGCCGUUUUUAAGUUGUUAAAACGCCAGCUGCUAGAGUCCAUGAAACCUUGACCAUCGUAGCACUGCCUUAUGUCGACUUUUGCAAGAGAGGGCUCAUAAUGAAAUAUUUUAAGCGCUUUGUAUUUAAAAAAAAGGUCGUUCGGGAAGAGUCUACUUUUUUUAACAUAGGCUGGUUUCCUGGCACUUUGUCAAUUGACCUUAAGACGUUUUCUUGAAUUUGAAUCGCGUUCUACUAAAUAAGCUAAAACGAUUAAAUACGUGGCAUUUUCUGUAACAAAAUGUUAAUAGUAAUAUGAGAAGAAUAAAUUAGCGACCGACAGCGACGGUGGAUAGCGUGCAUUAUUUCGGCUGACAGGUGCGAUGUUUCAAAAACAAUUCAGCCUUUAAAACACCACAUUAAUUAUUUCAAUUUGUCCUUCAGAAAUUGUUAAAUUGUCGAGUUCUUUAUCAUUACAAACGUCUAUUUCCCCUAUAGAAAACUCUUGAUAACUAAGUACUGUCGCGAGUCACUUGUUUUGAAUUAGAAAAUAAUAUUAAUAUGACAAUGUUCGUUGAAAUUUUAAACGAACAUUUUAUAAUCAUAGUAAAGAUAAUUAAUACUUAAACGUUCUCACUUCAUAAAUUCAUUUACACGUAACACGCGAGCAACAUGAUCACACUCAAUUACUCGCCAAGGUGAUGUCCUAUACAUUACUUGACUCGGAAUCACAAACUUCAUUUUUUGUUAUUCUGAAAAAGAAAACACUAAGUAGCGGCUAGGGAAAGCAGUGUUAAAUGGUUUCAUUUGAGUGUCACAUCCAUUAGAAGGAUUUCAGUCUGCGACUGAAAGGAUAGAACAGCAUAAUAAAUAAACAUUGCCACGUGAAAAGUUCAAAUCAACAGAGUUCGCUCAACAGGGAGAACUGCGAAACAAGUCGAAAUACUUGGCGUCGAGAGUGAGCGCAAAUCAUUGUUAAGAAGUGGUUUGUCCAUUACAUGAACGCACUAACUUACUGCUCUCACUUUUUUAUCUCCUCCAUACAGGUUACGGCCACUUCGCACCGAAAACUCUUCCGGGCCGCAUCUUCUGUAUGAUUUACGCCUUAUUUGGAAUACCAGUCACGUGGUUAAUGCUAACCUCCCUUGGGAGAACCAUUGUGGAACACAUUGGACGUUCGUUACAAAACAGAGAACUGAAACCAGAAAACAAGUUGUAUAACGUUUUGUGUCUGUUAGUCGCUGUUGCUUUAGCUUUUUUUGUCAUGACAGUUAUCGCCAUUAUAGGAAUGUUCAUCGAAAACUGGACAUUCUUCGAAGGAAUUUAUUUUGCGUUCAUUAGCUUGACCACCAUAGGAUUUGGCGACUAUGUGCCCAUGCAUCCCAACUACAACUCUGAAGAAGCAGAAAGGUCUUCCUUCUCAAUCUCCUUGUUUGUUUUAUUCUGUUUUUUGCUGUUUUCGUUCGGACUUGCUGUGAAUUCCAGUGUACUCCUGUCGAUACGAAAAAUAAUGGAGGAUAAAGCCAUCUUCGGUUUUCAGUCACUGUAUAGCACGAGUGAAAGUGAGGAUGAGGAGACUGACGAUGUUGAAAUUGAGAUGUCAAGAGAAACAAGGUGA